AUAUACUUCUACAUUCACCCUCGACUAAUCAAGUCGUGACACAACUAAAAAUAUGUCUUACCUAAGAUUAGUCGUUUCCAUCAUUGCUAUCUUAGCUAGUUGCGAAGCUAGUGGAUUUGGACAUGUCUUACCAGCAAUAAAGUCACUAUCUGUAGUGCGAUAUGCACCUUUCUAUAGUUUCCCACAUGGGGUUCGAUCUAUACAUGCUGUUGCUCCUGUAGUGCGAGCCAUUGCACCUGCACCUGUCGCAGCUCCAGUUUUACCAGCGCCAGCUCCGGUAUUCCCAGCGCCAGCUCCCGUAUUCCCAGCGCCAGCCCCCGUAUACCCAGCCCCAACCCCUAUAUUCCGAGUAGCAGCUCCUGCAUUCCCAGCUCCAGCCCCAGUUUUUAGGGCACCUUUAUUUUCUGCCCCAGUUCCUGCUCCGGUAUUAGCACCUACGCCGGUAAUUGCUCCAGCCCCUGUUUAUCCGACAUAUCCCAGAUUUGCUCCAGUUCCUGCUUAUCCAGCCCCAGUAUUUCAUAGACUACCAGCGGUACCCUUCUCGCCAAUUGUUAGGCCCGUUGCGCCAGCAUUACCAGCCCCAGGUCCAGUUUUUGCGCCAGCUCCAAUAGCUGUAGCUAAAGCUUAUCCUUUCCCAGCCCAUUUAUUACCAACCCCUUUAGACAGACACCUAGCGUGGAAAUGAUUCUAGUCUGAUGUUUAGUGAUAAGACAUUGUUAUUUCAUUAUUGAAGAGGUUUUUUUGUUAUUGUUGUUGUGUUGUAAGCUAUUUUAUACGUUUAAAAAUAAAGUUUAUACAAUUUUAA